GUUUAAAAGUUAUUUUCUGAUUGUUGUCAGUGUGCAGCAUUGGCGGUCUUACCGUUCAUUAUGUCUAUGGGUGAAAUGUAUGUUAAGUAUAUGAGAAUCGGAUUGCAUACGAGUCGGAUAUCUAAAUAUCGGAUUUUAAAACAACACUGAAAGUGCAUAUCGGAUGCGAAAAAACUCCGAUCUCAUGAGUAAAAAAAAUUAGGAUUUUUUGUGACAGUGUAGGCCACACGCGGUCAAAGAGAAACUGAAACUGAUUUUUUUUUCUUCCCCGAAACGCCACGUUUUUAUUUAUUUUAUUUUUUUCUCCAUAUUGUCCGACGUGCUCUUAACUCUUUCUCUGCCUUCCUAACGGUUUAAUCUCCUGUACUUAAGAAAUUGUGUAUGAAAUAUACAAAGAUUGCACCGAUAGAAAGGCGGCUUCAUGCCUGAAAAAAACUAUAACAUGAAAAAAAUUACAUUUGUUCCUCAUAUUUUCGUGUUGGUGACCUAAUCCGAAACUUGCCACAUGACGUUCUGUAUGGAAAACACUGAGAACACAAAUUAAGAUUUUCAGAAGAAUAUUCAGCUCUGUUGGUCUGUUUGAAGCUCUGAAACGUACAUAAAGGAAUAUAAUGGAUCUGGGAGGGUACUUCAAAAGGAUUGGAUUUACAGGCCAAUAUGACAAAGCUGACUUGAAAACUUUGUGCACUAUCCACAAGCUGCACGUUAUGAAUAUUCCAUUUGAGAACUUCAGCUUGCACUGUGGGGAGAGGAACACCAUGGACCUGCAGAUCAUUUAUGAUAAAAUUGUCAAGAGCAAUCGUGGAGGCUGGUGUUGUGAAAACAACCUCUUGUUCUCAUGGGUCCUAAAGGAGAUGGGAUACAAAUACACCACACUAGCCUCCAAUGUGUACAACAGAGUGAAUGAUCUCAACCCCAUGGAGACUCAUCUCAUCAAUCUGGUGGAGAUUCAUGGGAAGCCUUACAUUGCUGAUGUGAGCUUUGGGGUGUCAUGCCAAAUCUGGCAUCCCUUAGAGAUGAUCUCAGGUAAAGACCAACCACAGCCUUCAGGUGUGUUCCGACUUCUAAACGAUGGGACGAGGUGGAUUCUGGAGAAGACUGGAAGAAAGCAGUUGGUCCAAGAUAAGGCCUUUUCUCAUUCCAGCCUCCUUGACAACCGCCUAACAAAAAAAAUAUUUUGCUUCACAUUAACACCCCAUAGUUCAGAUCAUUUCAUGGAGACAUGCAAAUACCUGCAGACUAGUCCAGACUCUCUGUUCAUGCUCAAAUCCAUUUGCUCCCUUCAGACGCCCACAGGCUUCAGAGCUCUGAUUGGCUGGACUUUCAGUGAGGUCACAUUCAAUCCACAGGAGGACUCAGACUUGGUAGACAUGAAAGAAAUCCCAGACUGUGAAAUAGAAGAUUUACUGCGGGAAAAGUUUAAUGUGGUGUUAGUUAAUAAAUUCACUCCUAAAAACAACAAAGCAAAGUAUUGCAUUUAGCACUCUGAAAAUACUCAUCCAUGAACCAGUGUUUAUUGUAAUACAGUUUUCUCAGUCGAUUUUAUAAAUUUCUCCAAACUGUAAUCAGUGCUCUCAAAACAAUUCACACAGCGGACGAAACAGACACUCAGUUUUGCAAAACAGUUCAAUUUCACUGCAUAAUGAAGCAACAUAUUCUUUCCUGAUAAUGCAUUUAUUAAAACUAAACACUAACAUCAAAACUAUAGAUGUGUUCUCUAUUGAAUUCAUAACAUUUUCAGCUAUAGACACACAACUCUAUGAUUGAAAUAACACAUUUAUCAUAAAAAUCCACAAUAAAGACCUUUUUUCAUCUGUUUUCAUAAAAUGCCUCUAAAUUUCUAGUUGUUCCUGCUCUUCCUCAGGAGAAUGAUGAAGAAGUUUACUUUAAAAAACAAACAAACAACAAACAAACAAAAAAAUAGCAGUCUUGCUAAAUUGUAUGGUCCUAAAGCAGCACUAUAAGCACAGGUGGUACAGUAAUUGUGGACAUUGAUUGACUGGCAUGCAGAAGAAUGGCAUUUCUCCCUCUUCUUUUUUGAGAUUGAAGUCACUGUAGAUCUGCUCACAUUAAGCCGAACACUUUGUGUGUCUCAGAGAGACCGUGAUUCAUAAUAUGACAAAUUAGAGGAACUAUCAGAUCAUCUGAGCCUCUUCUCUUCUGUGUCUUCUUUACUCUUCCACCCUGCUGUCCUCUUUCUCUCUGCUCACCAUCAUUACACCAUCUCCAUUUGGUCUUUCCUCAACUCUUUCAAUGCAGUGCUCACCCCUGAAAGAGUUGAGAAAACCUUCCCCUCCAGUUUUCUCUUCCUUUACCCACUCUACCUCUUCUCAUUUUGCACCUCUCCUUCGUGUUGUUCUUCCUCCUCUUCUUCUUCUUCCUCAUUGUUUGCUCUGAAUUUUCAUAUUUUACCUCUUUUAUAGAUAGCAAGUCAUGGCAGUUGUGUGAAAAAUUUAGUAAAUUGCAUUUUCUUUGCUGUGUGCAUUACUAACACAGCAGAUAUCAAUAUGAAGGCAUUUUGACAACCUGACGUGCAUUUGAGAGUAUGACUUUAAUUUAGUUGUUUGUGUUAACUGUUUUAAAAGCAUGAAUCUUAGAUCAGAGAAAUUUGUAUGUAGUGUUUCGAGAAAAUGAGGAAAAUCAAGAAAAAUGCACAGUCUCUUUAGGACAAUUACAAAGUGUUCAGAUGGCUGUUAAUUGUAUUGAGAGCAGUGACCUGAGUUUAGAGAAAUGCGUAAAAUCGAUUUAGAAAAACUAAUAUUAAAUGAAAAGUUUACUUUAACUGUGGCAAAUUUUGUGGCCAAAUAUAUGCAUCAAUAAAUCAAUUUCACCUUAAACUUUUUCAAAUUAUUUCAACAAAUUGCUGCUACAAUACUGUAUGUAUAGUGAUACAAUUGUGACAUCCUUAUAAACUUAUGAAAUGCACUCUCACAUGCUGAUCUCACACAGCAAACAUAUUGUGUAGUAUAAGAUUUCCAACCAUGGGAAUGUUUUAAGCAGAUUACAGGAGGCACUUGGAAAUAUUUGUAUUUGUUAAACCUAUAAAAUAGGUAAAUAAAAAAAAUAAAAAAAGAAAGAAAGAAAGAUGUGUGUUAUGUGUGCAAGUUUUAUAAUUUUGUGUGCAUAAAAUUUGUAGCAGAAAAACUGAUACUUGGCGAGUCUGCUUUUCAACCACAGUAGUGACUUAAACAAAUUAUUAACUUGUAUUUAAUGUAAUUUACAGUUUUUCUCAAUCGCUUUGGCACAAUCGUCAAAUGACUAUUAAACUUUGUCAAACUAUAUGACUAACCAUAUGAACAUUAGGUCAUCUGUUCACAUGACUAUAGUCAUUUAUAAUUGCUUUGGCACAAAAUGCAUUGAGUAAGCCUUGCAGAUCAAAAUAGUUUGCAUUCAUUUGAUAUUGAAUGAUAUUACUCUCAAAUGCAAUUAUACACAUGUUCAUUGUGUAAAUCCCUACAUGCUAAAUAGAACAACCAAUAAUCACAAUAACCUGUCACUCAUAUAUUAGAUACAUAAUAGUUGUGUGGUAUUGUUGUAAUAGUUGUCAGAUGGAUAGACUUAGGCUAGAUGGGGAACAAUUCAAUUUCCUCACAAUUUAGAGCAAUGUAUGUACAGGUAAGAAUUCAUCAUUGUACAAUACACAGUGCUGUAAUCUCCUUGUCCUUCAGUAUUGACAAGUACAACCUGUAUAUGCAGAAUCUGUUACACAAUGUGGGAUAUGUGUAACUGUAUGAUUUACAAUAUCUACUGUAAA